AUGGAAAUAUUUAAACAAGUUCAGAUCUCUAUUCAUUUGAUAGAUGCAAUCAAACAUAUACCUGCAUAUGCAAAUUUUUAAAAGAAUUAUGUACAUCUCAUAGGUCACCUCAGAAGAUAUCUUUAUUCGAUGAGGCUAGUGCCAUUAUUUCUCAUUCUUUGCUUAGGAAAUGUAAGGAUCCAAGAGCACCUCUUAUCUCAUGUAAAGUGGGUGAAACUACAUUUAGAAAUGUGCUCUUAGAUUUGGGAGCAAGUGUUAAUUUAUUGCGUUUGACUGUUUUUGAAAAUUUAAAAUUAGGAGGACUAAAACCAACUUCAGUGGAACUUCAGCUAGCUGAUAGAUCCAUUAAAAAACCUAAGGGUCUCUUAGAAGAUGCAAUCAUCAAUGUUAAAGGAUGUAGAUUUCUAGUAGAUUUUCUGAUUUUAGAUAUUCUUAUUUUAAAUAAUCUUACUCAUACAUCAGUCAUCUUAGGAUGCCCAUUUCUUGCUACAGCCAAGGCAAAUAUUGAUUGCGAAAAUGGGAUCAUAAAUAUGAAAUAUGAAGGUCAAAAUAUCUUUUUAAAUAUCUCUUUAAAUUUUUUAAAAAGGAAAAUGCUAAUUAUGAAGAUAUUAAAGUAA